UUUUUUUUUUUUUUUUUUUUUUCUCUUUUUGCUUUUUUUCUUUUUGUCUCUUCGAUCCCUCUCUCAUCUUCCCCAAAUGUUCCCUCCCCCCCGUGUGAGCAACCGUUUCCUCAGUGUCCGCUCUCCCCUUUCCCUCCCAAUAUAUCUCUCCUUCCUUCUUCCCUCCUCUCUUCUUCCCACGUCCUGGUGCGCAUAUCCGUGACUGUUCACCUCAUUCAUUCAGUUCUUUUCUUUUGGUGUUAUUUUCCGUCGAGCCUUAACGAACCCCAGAUCCGUUGGGGUAGUUACAUCUUUGCCAUUACCUAACUUGAACCCGCGCGAGUGGCUGAACCUCAACCCGCAUUCUGGAGCCUGAGUCCUCCGCCAUCGGCCACACAUCCUUAGCCCACGCUCCCGUUACUCGAUCGCCCUGGAAUCUUUUAAUAAUUUACCUUUGCGCUGUCUGACACCAUCUUUUCGCGAGACUCUAUCCUUGCCGUUUUCUUUUCUUUUUUUCUUCUUAUUGUAUUUAUCUCCUCCACCUUGUGACUUGUGCGCCUCCCCGGCUCACUUCCUCAUCCGCACGCCAUGGAGUCCAGAUUAGCGACGGCAGAGCCGUCCAGCAAACGACCUCGAUCGCCGUCCGGCGAUUUCCCUCCCAUCGCAUCCAAAGUUCCCAAGACGCACUCGAAUCACCUACAAAUCAAUUACCUGGCGCGUCAGUAUCCGGAUAAUCUCCCCCUAGUCUCCAUCGAAGAUACGAUGCCAGCCAUUAUACACCUAAUAGGGGAAUAUGACGGUGUUCUACAUCGUCACGAAAGCAUUGCCGGAAAUUUAGGCGCAUGCCCUUUGGGGCCGAUCCUGAUCAAGCGCUUUGAGCGCCUCUUCGAUGGACCUCCCCGCGUACUCAAGUCACAUGGCAAAGACUCUCCGAACAUCACCUGGCUGGAUGUUGUGGAGUUCGCCAAAAGCAAGCCUGAGCAGUUCAAUCUGGAGAAGUCCCGCAAUGGUGUGCGAGUCUGUCAAUUCUACACAAAGCAGUGCCGGGUGGAGAUCAGCGAAGAGGACUUCGUGCUCAUCGCAUCUGGAAUGCCGCAGAAAAUGAUCCCCCCGCAACCGAUUAUCGAGGAUGAAGAGAAGGAAUUGGGCGCAUUAGAGAUUCUAGAGAAGAACCUCCAACAAAUCAUCCAGGUCGCUGACCAAGUGUCUGCGCGAGCAAGACAGCUCAAUCAUCGUCUCAAGAAUCGCAGGACAGCUAUUGUCACCCGCCGCGAGAAUGAUCUGUCUCUCCAUUCGCAAUCACAACAACAACAGCAACAGCAACAGAAACGCUCGAUCAGUCCUGCUUGGCGCGAUGCCAACAGCAACCAACACCCACUGAACGGCAGCAGCCACUCGAACACCCAGUCUCCCUCGACCGGCUUCGUUGCGGUCAAUACCGGCCGACCCGGCGGGGAACCCACAGCGGAAGAUAAUCCGCUUUCGUCACAAUUCAUGUUCUCGCAUUCCAAUACAGAUAAUGUCACCAUCAUUAAUGGGACGUCCAUCAAAGGCGCAUCUCCGACAACGCGCGCGGAGCUGAUGAAGAAGUUUUUCACCACGCAAGACCGACAGACACGCGGCUAUGAAGAGGGGACUGGAUCUCAAAACCGACAGUCGUCCCGGCCACGACCGCGGGCAUCGGAUACGACAGAAUACAAUAUGUACACCCCGGCCCCUGCCACGGUCGCCAUCCCCAACACUCCGUCAUCGCUACUUCCUCCGCCCAAGUCCCACCACCACGAAAAGGAUGACGGCGGUCCAUUCAAGAUGGAGAUGGUUGCUCGCAUGGAGGAGCUGGCACGCGGGGAGCGCAUAUUACCUCCUUGUGAUCGCUGUCGUCGGCUCCACAUGGAUUGCUUGAAGAACCUUACGGCAUGCAUGGGUUGUACGAAAAAGCACGCCAAGUGUUCGUGGAAGGACGUAAAAGCGGAGGAACUGCAAGAGCUCCGGCCCGACCAAUCUGCGCGAGAGCGACCAGAGGAUUCGACCCCGAAAGAACCAUUACCGGCGACCACGGUGCCGGCACCGAUAGCGCCAUCGGCGCCAUCCGUAUCUUCUUCUGCACCUACACCCCCUUCAGCCGCUAUAGCGCCCGAAGUUGAUCGUCGUGGAGAGUUGUCGGAGUACAACGUGCGCAGAGAGUCCGCCCCGACCGCGGGUCCCAUACACAGUACUCCACUAGGAAAGGAACCAUCACCCCGACGGGCAAUGAGUGAGAUUCGAGGAAGCUCCUUGAUCCAUGACAGGCACACUGGUAUCAACCGCAACGCCAAUCCGGUCGCAGAGGAUGAUGACCCAGACGCCAACCAGCGGUUAAUGCAGGCGAUCCUCGACACGGUCGACCACCAUGCACGGGCGGCUGCCGCAGCGAAAGAGGGCGGACAACCAAUGUCUGACCGAGAACACGAGCAAGAACGAGAGCGAGACCGCAAAAUGGUGAAAGCUUAGUUUCUUCUUUUUUGUUUUCGUGUUUUGCCUCCUUGCUUUUCGUGGGAAGUUCAUGCAAUGGAGCAUGGGUUGGGGGGUUUGACAAGGGUGUUCCUCUACUGAAUGCAUGAUUUGUACUCGUUUAGCGUUUUAGCGGAUAUCCCAGUAGUUUAGGUACUCUCUUGUUUGCUCUCUUGUCAGACAUAUUGCAUAUAUGAACAGAUUGGCAUGUUUCCCCGGGUCCGGUUUCAGGGCAACCACAGCAUUUACUAUAUAAUAAACAUAUAAGGACAAGAACCUUUGGCAGCCAUUUGGCUCAAACUGACCUAUGUCCUCUUACAACUAUAUAGAUCUAAUCAAUGAAUCAUCCCUAUCCAACAACAACACACCCCUUCAACAACAACCUCCACCAAACACUUCUUAACAUGCAACACCACAAGCCCCAAAACCAACCCAUUAAAUAGCUUCCGACUCCCCCAAACCCCCCUCACCCCUAAAGGAACCCUCCAUCCCCCCCGCCCCAACACCUCCGCCACCGUAGCGAACUGUUUUCCUGCGGAAACUUUGCGACUUUCCCUUUCCGGAAUGGGUCUAGCUCAGGGUCGCUUUUUGCUCAGUGAUUGAUCCCGGAGCGUGGGGCAAGGCAGAAGUGUCGGCCCCAGGAAGAAUGUUCGUCAAGCAAACAAGUGGC